AUGGCACCUGCAUCGGCUGUGGUUCCGCCGGCGCUUCCUCCCUCGGUGGAGGAGGCGUAUCGCAGGAAGUGCAUCCAGCUGCGCCAACGGACCAACGAGGUCGAGGAGGCCAACGAUGCCGCCCGCCUUCGACUCGCCCGGCUUAAGCGCCAGGUCCUGAAGAUGCGACUCGAGCGUGCGUUCCUCCUCGAGCAACUCGCCAAACGCUCGAGCACCAACGUGGAGGAUUCCGACGGUAGCCCGAGCCCGCCUCCGACGCCUAAGGAGAAGCCGCUGCGUAUCAAGCGCGGCCACCGCAAGCCGUCGGCGUUCCCCGCCAAUGUUGAUGCUCCGUCUUCCGUCAACGCCGCGACCCCGGGCUCGACGACCUUUAUCAGCCAGAACCUGCUCGUUCACUCGCCUAGCUCCGACGCCUUCUCAGCCGCCCAGCAGGGCGAGGGCAGCAAGUCCAACGGCCUGCACAAGGGCGCGCCCAAGAAGCCUGGCACCGCGUUCGAGUUGUACUGCGACGACAACAGAGAGUCGGCCAAGGAGAAGGCCAAAGAGGGCGACAAUGUCGAAGACGAGCUUUCCAAUGCCUGGAAGGAGCUGCCAGACAAGGAGCGCGACGAGUACCAGUCGCGCGCCGACAACCAAUUGGCCGAGUACGAAAAGGACAAGGAAGCGUACGACGAAGCCAAGGCUAAGGCCCAAGAAGCUGCUACCGCAGCUGCAGAGACUGUCCUUAAGGCCGACGAUCGCGACGACAAGGCCGACUCAACCGAGUCCGACCGCCCUGCUGUUGAGACCGGUGAUCGGGAAGCUUCGCGCCAGCAAGAAGACGUGGAGAUGACAAAUUACGACACCGAUCAGGAAACACAGGGGGAGAAGCCUGAGGAGUAG